AUGGUGCGGCUGCUGGGAGAGAAGGUGCUCAGAUACUGCCAAGACGCGCCACUGGAGGUGAAGCAGCGUCUGGUGGGGCUGCUGCUGGACCUGGCAGAGAGGGCCGUGGGGGAGGUGCAGCUCACAGGGGGCGGGCGUGGCCGUGGGAGUUCAGGGCACAGCGGCUCAGAGCACGGUGCGUGUGGCAGCCUGCAUGACCUUUCAGGCAGCCUUGGUCAUUCCGAUCUUUCUCACUCCACCGUCGCUUCUGUCAUUGCUAACUCCUCCAAGGGUCCCUCUCCUUUCCACAAUGCCCCUGUCCCUGCCUGUGCUGGUUACACGACGAGGAGCAGCAGCGCUAUAGCUGCGGGGAGUGGGAGCAGAGGCAGUGAUGGGGAGAUGGUGGGUGGGUCAUCGAAUGGGGCAGGCAGCAGCAGCAUGGGUGGCAAUAACGGCAGUGGUGGAGGCAGUGGUGGUGGCAGUGGUGGAGGCAGUGGUGAGGGGGUGUUACAGGGGGGAUGUGGUAUGUGGAGGGAGACGCUGCACCCUGUGUGCUUCACUGCCAUCCACCUGCUGCCGCAGUUCUGCGGGCAGCCCAGUCCCAACGACCCAGAGAGCAGCUCCGCGGUGCAGGUGGCGAGCAUCGCCAUGCCCCGCCUCCUCGCCUUCGCCCGCCGCCGCCUGCAGCGCUUCACAGAGGACUGCCUGGUGCGCGGGGCGGGCAGCAUGGCAGCGGCGCGCAGGAGGGAGGUGAGGGUCAUUCUGGCAGGCCUCACAGCCAUCUCGCUGCACCCCUCUGUCGCCGCCCCCCUCUCGCACCUCCUCCCCGCCAUGCUCCGCUGCACCCCUCCUCCUGCUCACAGCUUCACCGCGCUCUCCCUCCCAGAGCCACCAGCGCACUUCCUCGCUCACUGCAUCGCAGCUCACACUGCACCGCACAGCAAGCCCGCCUCUGCGCCCACCUCUUCCAUUGCUGCAUCGGCCGCAGCUCCCACUGCUACUCUUCCCGAGCCUGGCAGCGCCACCGAUGCAGCGGCUUGCGCUGCUGGCACCGGGGGUGGGGAAGGUGGCGAGGGGGAGUGCAUUCAGGGGACGGAUGGUGUGGGGGGGAGUGAAAGUGAGUGUGAGUGGCGGGUGCUGCCGGACGGGCAAGGCGGGUGCAUGGGAUGGCGCAAGGCCCACCUGUUCGCCAUCUACCCCUUCGCAUGCGACCUCAUUCUUGCCAGCCGGGACCCAGAGCUGGCAGUGGCACUGCGCGCACUGCUACAUGCAGUGGGGGCGGAGAUGGGGCUGCACCCAGCUCAGAGAAUCUGA